ACGGCACGUUCAGUUUGCUAGCAGCCGCGUGCUUGAUCGGUCGAGGAGUUUCAUACAUAUUGUGCUACUAGUGUUCGGCGAUUACUUUCGAGCGCCAUUCCAUCGUCAUAGCAUGUACUCACCAGUUCGCAGCCACGUCUACUGCUUGCCGCAUCAUCAGCCACACAAUAAACUCGUCUCUUACGGCUACCGUUAGUCGGCCAUAUUUCGCGGCUCUCGCUUUCGCAUGUGAUAGAUUAGUGCGUCCGUUGGAAAUCGCAACUGUCGCGUCGGUCGCGCAGGAGGGUCGGAUUGUGAAUACACCGCGGCAGUGAUAGCAUGAUAUUCUCUUGGAUAUUCCAGUGAGUCUCACGAGCGCCUAUACCGGGUGGCUGAGUCGUUCGCGCGUGAAGUGUGAGGUGGCUGAUUUUUUUUCACUCUCGCUAUCCCGUUGCGUGCUCGACGAGAAGAAAAGAGAGAGAAGGAGAGAAAGAAGGAGGGAAAGUCGAGAGCGCACGAGCGACACCGUAGACAGUGAGUGAGUGAGAGAGAGGAAGGGAGAGAGCGAGCGCGACAGCAACCUGGUGCGAGACAGAUUUCCGGUGGAUCAGCUAAUAGUCAGAUUUCCAAGGAGGCUCUAUCUCAGCCAAAAUGAGCUGCUGUACCAGCGCGCCCAUCGUCACGCAGACCUGCGAGACUCUCCUUAGCAAGUGCGAGAUCCCGAUCAUCGACCUCGCUCAUAUGGGUACGGAGAUAUGCCCUCAGAAGGGAGUCGUGAAGCAGGUGGCCUCGAAACUGCUAAGGGCGCUGUCCGAGAAAGGAUUGGCCUUGCUCGUCAACCAUGGCAUUCCGGAGUGCAAGAUGAAGGCAGCUUACAGAGCCUUAGACGCAUUCUGCGAGCUGCCGGACGAAACGCGAGCGAAAUACGAGCGUGCUUCGCCGGAUAAUCACGGCUACAUUAAGCCAGGCACGGAGAAAUUUUCGGACGAGAUGGAGCUGAGGCACGCGUUCAACGUCACCGGAUGCAAAGGAAAUCUGCCGGAAAAGGAAGUGCAAGGCUUUCAAUCGGCGGUGGAUGAGUUGGAACGCGAUUUUAAGCAGUUGGCUACCAUGCUUCUUGCGGCUCUAUCCGUGGGCUUGGAACAGUCCUACGACUUCCUGUUGUCGAAGCACGCGCACAUACUCGGCUCUGGCAACGAGUCCACUCUGCGUCUCCUCUAUUAUCCACCAUUGAGUGCACCGGUACAAGGACUGACCCGAUGCGGCGCCCACUGCGACUAUGGCACUUUCACUUUGUUGGCGCAGGACUGCGAAGGUGGUCUCGAAAUACAGACUCUGCACGGAGAACGAUGGGGUAGAGUGGGCCAUCUUCCGGGCGCCAUACUGGUGAAUACAGGCGAGCUUCUUGCACAUUGGACCAACGGACAGUUGCCAGCGUUGAGACAUCGCGUGGUCAUGCCGGAACACUGUGGUCGUGGACGUCACUCCAUCGCGUUCUUCAUACAUCCAGACGACGACGUUGCUGUCGAGCCGUUGGACACGAAGAUCAUCGCAGCCGGCGAUUGCCAGGAAACGACGACUCCGUGCCGCCUGCAGAAGAAGAAGCGCGGCGUUCUCUCAGCAUAUCAGCAUCUUCAGCGACGAUUUCGCGAGACUUAUGCGUCCUAAUGUCGUCCGUGUGAUUCUGCAUAUCCUAAACCAAUUUUACACGUUCGUUGAGUCGGAAAGAAUAGGCGAAAUUUUAAUGAGAAUUUGGAAAAAAAUGAUCUUAUAGGCAAUGAAAUUAAGGCCACCGCAGAUUAGGUUUUAAAUUUUGACUUCACGCGCCUCUCAUUAUGUCAUUUUAUGCGGAUCACGUAAAAAGAGAAGGAAAGAAAAAAAAAUGUUAAAAGAAUUCCGUGCAGAAUUCCAUUCCAUUUGAUAUAAGCACGCAAAAAAGGCAAGAUCAUUAUCGAAGUUUCUGACGGAUUGUAAUGGUACUACGCUAUAGUUUAUCUGUCUUCACGAUUUUCAUUGACGGAUAUGAUCCCUCCAUGAAACGAAAUUACGAAACUGACCAAUGUAAAAAGAAGAUUACAACUCUCGAGCAAUAAUAAAUGAAUUUGUACUUAA